UCCCGGCUCCCGAGCAUGACGGGCCGAGCCGGAGGGUCCGCGCGCGCUCUGGUCGCCGCGCUGCUGGCGCCGGCGCUGGUGGCGCUGCUGGUGGCGCCGGCGCGGGGCCGGGGCGGCCGGGGUCACGGCGACUGGGACGCCGCCGCGCCGCUGCCGCCACUGCCGCCCCGCGAGGACGCGGCGCGCGUGGCCCGCUUCGUGACGCACGUGUGCGACUGGGGCGCGCUGGCCACGGUGGCAGCGGAGCCCGCGGUGCGCGGCCGGGCCUUCGCCGACGUGCUGUCGCUCAGCGACGGGCCCCCGGGCGCGGGCCGCGGCGCGCCCUACUUCUACCUGAGCCCGCUGCAGCUGUCGGCCGGCAACCUGCGGGAAAAUCCACAUGCUACGCUGACCAUGUCUUUGGCACAGACGAACUUCUGCAGGAAGCAGGGAUUUGAUCCCCAAAGUCCCCUCUGUGCUCACAUAAUACUGUCAGGAACCGUUACCAAGGUGAACCAGACGGAAAUGGGCUUUGCUAAGCAUUCCCUGUUUGUCCGACACCCUGAGAUGAAAACCUGGCCAUCCAGCCAUAAUUGGUUCUUUGCCAAGUUGAAUAUAACCAACAUCUGGGUCCUGGACUACUUUGGUGGACCAAAAAUAGUGACACCUGAAGAAUAUUAUAAUGUCACAUUUCAGUGAAGCAGAACACGGUGUCUUGAACGACACCCGGGAGGUGGCUGUGGAUGGCUUAUGCACACCUGAAGGCCUUAAUGUUUCUCUGUAGAACAUUUCCCAGAUGGGUUUGUUGGCUUUGCUUGCUUGCUUGUUUACAAAAUAGAGUUGCACUAUUCCUGGAUUUCUUGGAAGAUGUGGUUGCUA